CACGGUGGACGGCCACACUGGGCAGGAAGAGCAUUUGCCUCCAACUCCAGAAAGCUUGGACCAGGAAACUGGAGCUCUCUUGGGCAGAGAAGCCUGGAAGCCCACUCGUUCCUGUUGUGCCUGACAUUUAUCCGCGCUGCCGGGAGGCUGCUGGGGACCCGUUCUCAGAGGGUGUUAGCCUCAGCGUACCUGUGCCCUGUGCUGGGCUGCGGGCUUCGGUGCUCUCUGCAGUCUUUCUCUGGUGUGUUAUCAGCGGGGGUCCACCCAUCCUUUGCUGCGCCCCGAGGUCCUGAUGUGUUUAGUUCAAAGAGCCUUGCCCUGCAAGCCCAGAAGAAGAUCCUGAGCAAAAUAGCCAGCAAAACCGUGGCCAACAUGCUGAUCGACGACACCAGCAGCGAGAUCUUCGAUGAGCUCUACAAAGUCACCAAAGAGUACACCCACAACAAGAAGGAGGCCCACAAGAUCAUGAAGGACUUGAUCAAGGUGGCCGUCAAAAUCGGGGUCCUCUAUCGGAACAACCAGUUCAACCAGGAAGAGGUGGCCAUGGUGGAGAAGUUCCGGAAGAAGCUGAACCAGACCGCCAUGACCAUGGUGAGCUUCUACGAAGUGGAGUAUACCUUCGACAGGAGCGUGCUCUCCACGCUGCUGCACGAGUGCCAGGACCUGGUGCACGGACUGGUGCGGCGACACCUCACGCCUCGGACCCACGGGCGUAUCAACCACGUCUUCAACCACUUUGCUGAUGUGGAGUUCCUCACCACCCUCUAUCGUCUGGACGGAGACUGUAGGCCCAGCCUCAAGAGGAUUUGUGAAGGCAUCAACAAAUUGCUGGACGAGAAGAUCCUCUGAGUGGCGCCUUCCCCCAGAACUUUGCUUCUUUAAGUCCUGCCCUCCAGCCUGAUCCACGUGAGAAUCAAGACAACAAGCAGAAACCCUUGUCAUCGAUGUCCAUUUUAUUUCCCACUCAUUCGCUGAUGCUGGCGCCGAACUGAGCUCAGGUGUGUCCACCCCAGCUCCCUUCAUGGUCUGGGUUCCCAAUCACCCGUGGUGGAAGCCUGUUCAUGCAGAGGGGCUGCUCUGCUUCUGUGGUGAGCUCAGGGCAUCUCACAGUGGAAAGAGGCCUGGAGAGAGGCCAAGGAGAGUGACCGUUACAGCUCUGCUAGUCCUGCCUCUUUCCUGGGUCCUGGCCUCGCCACACCCGCUGCCUGCCUCACAGGGGCCAGUGAGGAUGGAAGGAGGCGAUGUGUGUCCACCCCUUGGAAAGCUCGCACGGAAGGUCUUGAUGUUUUCUGUCUGCAUGCAGCAGGAUCAACCUAGAUCUCCAUUGUGAACAGCAUGGAAGAAAAGAAUCACAGAAUCAGACCCGUGGCUUCAAAAUAAGAUGGAAUCAAAGGUGCGAAAUACACUUGCAAAUUGAAACGUGUGCUGUUCAAGAGUUGUGCUUGAGUCCCGGAGUGCGGGUUGUGAUGCCCUGCAGAGAAACUUUCAGAGUUUCCUGGCUGGCCCUCACUCCCAAGCACGGAACACUGUGCACCCCGCCAGGCCAGCAGCCCACUCCAGGGCCACCCACCGUCCACGAGGUCCCAGAGGCUUCAUCCCAGCAGCUGGGACAGUCAGGCAGUUGAGUCCGCAUUCAUCCUUCUUGGCCUUUCACAGUCAUUUUGUGCGGUCUUCUCUGGUUCGUUAAUAAAACAAAACCAUCCUUCAAA